GGCUUCUCAAAGAAGAGUCACACAUUCCUGCCUAAAAUAUUUAGGAAAAUGUCUACUCAAUCAGCAAAAGAAAGACCUGAGAGCUUGCAGUUCCCUUUCCUUGACGAUGAAGACACCAUCUCCACAGUCAAAGAAUCUAAAACCUUUUUCAUUUUAAGAGGCCUGCCUGGCAGUGGGAAGUCCACCCUUGCCCAGGCUAUUCAAGAGAAGUACAAAGAUGCCUGCAAGGUCAUCUCUGUUGAUAGCUAUAAAAUUACACCUUUAAUCAGAAGCACCAUUCCUGAAGAAUAUUCAAAGAUGGAUGAGGAUCUAGUUGACUAUUGCAAACGAGAUAUCAGCGUUAUCGUUUUGGAUGACACUCACCAUGAGAGGGAACGACUGGACCAGCUCUUUGAUAUUGCUGACAAAUACCGGUACAAAGUCAUCUUUGCCGAGCCCAAAACCCAGUGGCGAAUGGAUUGUUUGCAGCUGAAGGAAAAGAAUCAAUGGAAACUGUCAGUGGAAGAGCUGAAGAAGAUGAAGCCGAGCUUGGAGAAGGAGUUCCUACCCAUGUAUUUUGGGUGGUUUUUGAGCAAGAGGAGCUCCGAGAUCCUGAGGAAGGCUGGCCAGGCCUUCUUAGAUGAGCUUGGAAGUCUCAAAACCUUUAAAAAGGAGAGUAAAUACUUUGCUCCCGCUAUUGAAGAUCCCAAACUAAAAAUCGAUCUCACCAGCUACUUUGUGAAGAGGCCGCCCGGGGUCUUACACUGCACCACAAAAUACACCGA